AUGUCGUUUACUUUCAAUAAUAAGCUAACCGAGGCUAGUCAAACUUUGUUCAUAAGUGGAGCGAAUGUUGCCCCUGAGUUGUUCGUACCCAGUGUUCCUUGCAAGGCUGAAGUAGUUGACGUCACUGGAGCCAAAGCAAGAAAUUCCAAUUCUUUUGAUUUCAUUGGUUUUAUAUCCAACUCAAUUGAAGAAUUAGACAACCUAGCUUCUGAAGCAUAUCGUCUUGCCAAGCCUGGAGCUAUCGUUGAGGCCGUUGUAUCAAACGUUGCUGAAGAAGAUAUUCGCAAAAAAGUUAGACUUGCCGGAUUCUCUAAUGAGCAAGGAGUCUCUAAUGAAUCAGGAACACGAGUCACAUUUGAGAAGCCUUCUUUCGCUGGACAAACUUUUGCUCUUAAGCUCCCCCAAAACGACGAUGACAUCAUUGAUGAGGAUGAUUUAUUAGCUGAUGAAGAUUACCAGAAGCCAACAGAGAGCGACUUGAAGGCUGCUUGUGGUGACCCAGCAGAAGCAAAGAAAAAGAGAGCUUGUAAGAACUGCACAUGUGGAUUGGCCGAAAUGGAAGAGCAAGAGAAGAAGCAACAACAGCCAGUUAAGAGCAGUUGCGGAAAUUGCUCAUUGGGUGACGCAUUCCGUUGCGCUUCAUGCCCAUACCUAGGAAUGCCACCAUUCAAGAAAGAGGACAACAUUAUCAAGCUAGAUAACGUAGAUGAUUUUUAA